AUGGGCGUGGUCAAGAGGCCGAGGAAAUCGAAAAAGGAAAUAGGAAAACGUCGGGAAAACGCGGCCUUCGUCGUGUCGUCUGGACCCUCGCCGGGCUGGGGCUCGGCGAGCAGCAAAAAGAGCUCUUCUCUCUCUCGAUUCCAUUCCUCAUCUAUUAGUACAACACAAUGGCUUUGGGAGCGCCGAGGCAGCCUGCAGCAGAGCUUAGCCGUCGUCUCUUUACCACCACCACCAACGCUAUCUCUCGCCUCUAUCUGUGCUCAUAUCGAUGAGGUGUCCCCUGGACACGCCCACUUUUCUCGAGCUCCCCGACCUCCAAACAUCCUUGAUUAUCACUUGGCCUGUGUUCGCUCGGCGAAAAGAUCUUACGGCGUGUUCGUUGGUCAAGCUGGAACACGGCUUGAAGCUAACGAGGGAGGUACUUUUAGCGUGGAAUUCGGAAUUUCCCGUCAAAUCGUCUAAAAACUAUCUGAAGAUCUUUAUUUGUCACAGGCGCUACCUCCGUAAACUUUCACCUUUGAAAAGAUGAGUUUCAAAUUUUGUGAUUAACAAAGAAUCAGCUUUGCAGUUAUACCAAUCACGAAAAACUUAUUUUUUUCAACGAAAGUUUUUUUAAAGAAACGAGAAAUAUUUCUGUAAACUAAACCGAUUAUGACUGGCCAAAUUUAUGGUAAUUUCUUCAAAAAGCUCCAAAAACAAAAAAAGUGUCGUUUCGAUCUGAAUGAAUAAAAAUUAUGAUCAAGAUAACAAAAAUUUUUUUAAAUGAAGGGAUAGUUAAAAAAACAUUUUAAAGUUACUAGAAUGUGAGUGAACUACAAAACAUUGUUUUUCUGAGUUUUUACGUUCUUCUUUGAGUUUUUUGGAACAUUCCAUUGUCUGUUAAGCCGUUGAUUGGAACCAUAAAAUCCUCGUCUGGAAGCGAUCAUCAUCGGGUUUCUUUUUUUGAAAGUUUUUUCAAAUAGCUUAUUGAGGAAUAAAAAGUUACUGGAGAAGAUGAAGAACUUGGUGAUAAACUUUCUGAAAAACAUAUAAAAGAGCAUGUUUGGAUCGGAUCGUGAGAAUACGCCUACUUGUUUUAUUAUUCUGAUCGUUUGCAGUAUCAUCAAGCAUAGGUUAUUAGAUUCUCGAUCAGCUCGAAAAACAGAAAAAUCUUCCGAAAUACCAAAAAUCCUCGCUAAAGUCCAAGAAUUAUCAAAGGCAGCCUCCUGAAAGCUGAAACGCAAUUUAACUUGAAAGAAAAAAUUCCUUUCUUUUUAACAAGUUCAAACUUUGAUAUUCUUGUCUUUCUGAACAAAUUUUAGCUUUCGGAGAUUAUCCUUCAAAACUCUAAAAUUUUAGCAAAUAAACUCCUAAAACUAAAACUAUUAUUUUAUUAUAUAAACUCUGAUUUAAAGCCAGUCUCAACUUUCAUUUUCGUUUUUGAAAAGUACUUUUUUUUUGAUCAAAGAUCAAUUAGCUGUGCGGAAAAUGUUUGUGAAAAAUUAACGAUGAUCACUAACAGAGGAAAACUUUAAUUUUUCAAUUGAAGGUUCACCGAGCUUUGAAAUGUUUACCAUCACAUUAUUUAUGAAAAAAAACCUGUUUUUCUGGAUUAGAUUAAGCGACUCAGAAGCUCAGAAAACAUUUACUUUCAAAAUCAAAAGACUCUAUAAAGUUUUUAACACUUCGACAACUGUCCUUUUUAUCCAAAUAUUCCUAUUCGAAAUCCACUUGUAGAUUGCAACCUGAUGAUGAUCUUCCACCGAAUUCCCAAGCCGGCCGACCUCCUUAUUAAGGCUUCCAGCGCAUCGGAAUUCGCUCAUUACUUAGUCAUCAUAGCGGAGAACAUUCCGAGCCGGUUAUAGCUCUAGAGCUCGCUCGAGUCGUUCGAUUAUUAAAGAGAGAGAAAGAGCUCGGCUGCAAGCUCAAACACCGACUGUCCGGCAGGACUCGCGGAGCACUCAAACGGGGAUUAUGGAAAGUGACCUGUGGAAAAGUCCGAAGCGCUUCCCUGCUCUGA